GCCGAUCGAUUCUACGACGCUAUUAUCGAUUGAUUGAUUGAUUGAUCAUUAAUUGAUUACGUCGUCGAAUAAGUCGACGAGACAGUCGCCGUCUUACAACAACGACAGCAACGGCGACAUCAUCUUGGGAGAGAUUUUACUGGUUGUGCAUCAAAGGCUACACUUCAACAUACGCCCACUACCUUGAGACCUGGAUCUGACCCAGUUGCUAUCACAUUUCGCGACGCGGUCGCAUCCGUGUAACCAACCAACCACACCCUCACUCGAAGUAUCCCUAUCUUGUACGACAUUAUUCUGAACGGCUUUCUUACGACUUCACCACGUCUUCAUAGACCUCUCCUUCUCUCUAUCAAAUCCCCCUCCAGCCCCAUCUGACUAAUCACACCGCCAAAAAAAAAUAAAAUGGCCUUCCUCCAAACCAGUAUCCGAUCCGGGUACAUCACCGACCUCGUCCUCCCACCCGCACAAGAAGGACAAGAUCCCGCCACCAUCCUCGAACAAGGUCUCGCCGCCAUCUUCGCUUCAAUCCACAGUCCCACAACCAUGAUCAACCUCAACCCACUAGUACAAAGCGUGAACCAAAUCCCCGAAUCCGAUCCAAAAUGCGUCGAUUAUCGGGAAAUAGCACCGACUUUCGAUAUCGCACUCGACGCGCCAUAUGUGAUGCUCACACAAGACGAUUUAGAUCCAAAAGCCAACACGAUCUCCACCAACGGAUUUCGGCAGUUUGAAAUUGUCGAUAAGCUGAAUAUUGGGUUCGGCAUGUCGCAGAAUUUGGUCUAUCAUGCGGCAAUUCGACAGACGAGGUUUGGAAUGGAGACGUUUACCAAUGCUGGUAGUGGGGUGGUUAUUUUUGGGAGGUGGGAAAUCAAGGUUGGUGACGGUGGGAGGGUUAUUAAUAUCAUUGAGAAGAAUGUUGUCAGGUGUAAUCUUCUCCUGAGUUGGUAUAUUCGUUCCACAAUCGACAAGAGUCAUGCGGAAGCUCAUGCUAAGUUGAAGGAGAAGUGGAUUGUUCGGAUGAAGGAGGUGGGCUUCGAUCCUAUACCACGGAAUUGAAUCUGUUGGAAUGAAUCGAACUGAACUGGUUUGUUGGGAGUCAUGGAUGGAUGGAUGGAUGGACGGUUUGCGGUCUGGGAUGAUGGCGACGGGCGACAGGGGAAAUUGCACUUUUGUCGCUGGUUCGGUCUGCAGUGCUUUGGCUUUCGUUGAUCUCCCGUCUAGGUCGGUGGGUUUUUGUGUAUGGGAGAUAUCAUGAUUCGAACAAUCGGCCAUUCACACUCCGGAGAGUUCGAUCG